AAAGCAGGAGAUAAAAACUAAUACAAACGUUUUGGCUGUCUAAAUAUUAGUCGCUAGAUCUGUUCUUCAGACUAAUUACUUAAUUAUUUCCUGUCUGUAUGAAUGUGAAUGACAUUUUAUGUGACUUCCUUAUUCUGAACAAACUAGAGCAGUAGUCAGGUCUCAGCGGACACGUCUUCUGCGGGCUCGUAAAAUGGAUCCAGUCUAUGAAAAUCCUGGUUUCAAACUUUCAACAGUUUCUUCAGAUGAAAAACACUCUCAACAAAGAGGGAAUCAAGUUACUUCCUCAAAGCGGACUAAGGUUCCUCUGAUCAUCCUCGGUGUCUCUCUGGUUUUGGCUCUUGGAGGUCUGUGUGUUCUGGGGAUCAUGUAUUUAGGUGUUUCAAAAGAACUGUCUGCCCUGGAGACCAACAGCAAAAUCAUGGUGAAAGAGCUCACAGACAACUACACCAGAGUUAGAGAGACACUGUUCUUUUACAAAGCAUUCGCAGCUCAGUUGAAAGAUUGGGGAGGAAAGUUGUACUACUUCAGCUCUGAUGAACUGAACUGGUCAAGCAGUCGUGCUUUCUGUGUUUCAAAGGGAGCCGAUCUGGUCACGAUAUCCAACCAAGCAGAACAGCUGUUUCUGUUAUCUGAACUUAAAGAAUAUUACUGGAUUGGUCUGAAUGAUCUGUACACUGAAGGACGCUGGGUUUGGGUGAAUAACCAAACUCUCACUGAAACUGGAGUACAGUUUUGGCACCAGAGGGUCUCUCAGUUAAGUGAACCUGAUAACUGGAUAACUGGGUCCGGAGACGGCGCCAAUGGAGAGAACUGUGCUGUUGUUUUUUCCAACACUUUAAACAAUUGGUUUGAUGUUUCCUGCAGUUCUAUGUAUAAGUUUAUCUGUGAAAAGAAAGUCCGUCAGUGAUGGAAGAUCAGUGUCAUGAAAGAGGUCUAGUUUCAUGCACAUGUAGAGAAAAGAAAAACAUCAUGUCUUCUUCUGGAUUUGUUUGCUUAUCCAGUUAAAAUGCUGUAAAAUGUAUGCUUCCCAGCAAAUGCAUGAACUGAUUAACUGUAUUACCUUGAAAGCAAUAUAUGUUGCUUUGGAUAAAUGCAUGUAAAUCAAGCAGCUUUUCAUACUGAGUGUGCUUAUAUCCCAUUUUCAAGUCAUUUUAUGCUUGUAAGAGCAGGAGCGAAGCAUAUGAGUUAUGUCACGUUUUAGUCAAACAGCUUUUAUACCAAAAACAAUUUUGCAAGAAAUUUUCAAAGCUAGAAAUAAUAAGUCAAAUGACAUGAUGCUUCUGCGUAACAGCAUUAUAAGGAUGAGAUGUUUUUUAAUAUUUUUGUGUGAAACUGUGCUGUGGUCAGCAGAUGGCAUUGCACUCCUGAGGCAUUCCUAUGUGCUAGCUUAUA